CGUGGCCUCUGUUUACGAGUGAAUGACCGGUCAGCAGUGUACGCUUGAGCGUUGAAUGCUCAGAAGCGUUAUUUCAUAUGUGUGUAUGAAAAACCUUCCGAUUUGCUGUUUAUAAGUGAUAUUAAGCUUUCUUAAGUAGCUCAUUGUUUGUGUUUGAAUUGUGAUUAUACGUUAUCCUGUUGCUGUUUUUUUUUUGGCAAGGGCAAAUUAUUCAAAGAGGCAUAAUUUUUAGGGUUUUCAUCGAGGCACGUCAGACGGAUCAUUUUGUAGUGUUUCCCGAGAAAGAUUUUGACGGCUAGGUCUUAGUUGUAUUGUACAUAUAAUAAACUUAUAAACCGAGUACGAUAGCUAGUAUUAUUGGUUUGUAAGUGAUCUAUGCUGUUGGAAGAUAAUAAAACUGUUUCGAUCAGUUUAUCUAGUAUUCAGUUAAUCUUAUCUAUACAUGUUAUCAUCUUAAUUCUGAGUCGUAACUUAAAAUUUACAGUGCAGUUUUGAUUUCGAUUUAUGUGAAAUCUAUAAUUUUUAAUCAUUUGUUUUAUUUGGGUAGUCUUGUCUCUCGGUAGGAGACAAGCUGUUGGUACGAGAAGAUGGACACGAUAAGUAAAUUGAGCUUGAUAGCAUUGACAUGUUUGGUUUACGCUUCUAUCUGCAAUUCGUUGCCAUUGAAUGAAGCUAGUAGAGCCUUUGAACUCUCGAUAAUUCAUUUUAGCGAUUUCCAUGCGAGAUUCCUUCCAGUUUCUCCCUCCGGCGGUCUUUGCUAUGAACAUGAGAAAUGCGUCGGUGGCAUUGCAAGAGUAGUGAGUAUAGUUAAUCGUCUCAAGCAGAUUCGACCAAACGCAAUAUUUCUAAACGCCGGAGACUGUUUCCAAGGGACUCUGUACUACGAUGUCCAUCGCGGCAAUAUCACUGCUUAUUUUAUGAAUAAAUUGCCGCACGAUGCAAUCACCAUAGGAAAUCAUGACUUUGAUGACGAGAUACCAGGUUUAGCUUCGUACGUGAAACAGCUGCAAGCUCCAGUUGUGGUCACCAAUAUUGAUCAGAGCGACGAGCCUUCAUUAAGGAAUCUAUACACUAAUAGUACAAUAAUUCGAAAAGGCGACAAAGAUAUCGGUAUCAUCGGCGUUAUUUUCUCCGAAACUGAUAAAAUAUCAUCGUACACUGGAAAGCUCAAAUUCUUGAACGAAGUCGAAACCAUAAACUUGGAAGCCAAGAAACUGAAAGCUAAAGGUGUCAACAUUAUCAUCGUCUUGAGCCACUGUGGGAUUGAUCACGAUAAAAUCAUAGCUUACAAUUGUCCUGACGUGGAUGUAAUCGUCGGUGGACAUUCCCACAUUUUACUUUACAAUGGUGUAGCACCGUCAAAUGAUAUCGUUUACGAUAAGUAUCCAAUAGUGGUAUCUCAGAAAGGCAGCAACAGAAAAGUUCUGAUUGUGCAUGCAAGUGCAUUCACAAAGUACAUGGGUGAUAUCAGAAUCGUUUUUGACCAUAAUGACGAAGUAGCAUAUUGGAAGGGAAAUCCAAUUUAUUUGGACAAAUAUAUCAAACAAGAUCAAUCGAUUAUCAACGAACUACAACCGUGGUCGGUGGCGGUUGACAAAAUUGGUAAAAGACUCAUCGGAAAAACUGGGGUAUUUUUAAAUGGCAGUUGCCUCUCGGGUGAAUGUAAUCUAGCUAAUUUAAUUACGGAUGCCUAUGUUGACAUGUACGCCGCUAAAUCGACAAUCGCUUUGACUGCUGCCAUUAGUAUACAGAAUAGCAUUCCUGUUGGUCGGAUUUUAUAUGAAGAUCUAUACAUGACAUUGCCUUAUAAUAACACUUGGGAUUUGAUCGAACUCCAAGGAAAGGAUCUGCUACAGGUACUCGAAAACAACGUAGUUGUUAACUUAAGCAGUUCAAGUUUUAGAAACCAAAAAUUGCUACAAUGGUCUGGUCUAAAGGUCACGUAUAAUCUGAGCAGUCCACUCUCGAAGAUCGUCAGCGCUAAAGCUAGAUGCUUCGAGUCCAAAGACAAUUUUGAAGAUAUAGAUGCCAACAAGUGGUACCGUAUCGUCGUCGAUUCGUAUCUAGUAACAGAUACUUUUGAAAUCAUUAAAGAAAAACACCGAAACCAUGUACCUGGGCGCACCUACGGCGCCGAUAAUCUGAGUAAUUACGUUGAGAAAAUUAAGACCGUCGACAUAAAAACCGAAGGAAGGAUGAUCUUCGUUUAAUCAUAUGUGUUUUUCUAUAAGCGUACAAUUUCCGAAAUUAAUAACGAAUCAUUUGCACUACAUAUGUAUGUAUCCAUGGAGCAGUGUUCAUAUUUUAGUGAAACAUAAUAAUUGAAAAAAGCAGUCGUGUUUUGAACGUCAGCCUCUUUUAUUUGCGCUGUUAUCACUGCUGAAAGACAUAAAAAAAAUAUAUUAAAAUUUUUAAAUUACCUUGUUUUUUUAAAACAA